CACCAAUCCCCCAACAACAUGGACGAUUCUCGCAAGAAUUUGGUGUUAAAGUUCACCUCUUUAGGUUUACUCAUUCCUCAUACAAUUUUUUAUACAAUCUUAGCCGCUGUCGCUCGAAAAUCUGAUGCAAAUGGACACGUCUUCUUUGGUCCUAUGGCCGUUGUUUAUAUGGAAUUCGGAAAAUUACUCCUCAGUCUUGGUGCAACUAUUCAUAGAUUAGCUACUGAAUCAAAUCAAGAAUUGCGAAAUGAAUCAUCAAAUCGUAAAGAUGAAUAUAUUCCAAUUCCUACCCGAUCUGCAGAGCCAAAUUGGGAAGCAGAUGAAGCAGAAAAAAAUCAGUCGACUUUUAAUGCACUAGACAUUCAGGAUACGAUGGAUAUAGAUCUUGCUCAAAAAACAAAAUUUCAACGAUUCUAUCAAAAGUUCUCAGACGAAAUCUUUAAUACUUCCGCUUUCCGAUUGAUUCCUCCUUCGAUUCUUUAUGUCUUCCAAAACAAUCUACAAGUCUUUGCAGCAGGGCAUCUAACACCGGCCGAGUAUCAAAUCGUCGGUCAAACAAAGUUAGCCUUUACUGCAAUUUUCUCCGUUCUCAUCUUGCGUAAAGUGCUAAAUUAUAAGCACUGGCUCAGUAUCGCUGUUUUGUCAAUCGGAACAAUUACCGUUCAAUUGGUUUCUUCUUCUGAGAUUCAAAAAGGACAUACAGUGAUCGCCUCUACUUCAGGACAAGAUGUGUCAGUAUCUGAAAGUUCAUCACCAGUCGUACUUCGUACCCAAUGGAGCUUAAUGAUUGGUACUUUGGCUAUGUUGGGGGCAUCUAUUUGUUCAGGCUUAGGCGGUGUUUUGAUCGAAAUGCUUCUUAAGAAGAAGUUACACUUUUGGACAACAAACGUCUUUUUAGCAUUUUUCAGUUUAUUACCCGCUCUCGUUCCCGUAUUUGCAAACGCAAUCUACGAAUCAAGCUUUCAUCCUUUCCAAUAUUUUACCGGAUACGUUUGGGCCUUGAUUGCAAUGAAUAUUGUCGGAGGUAUCAUUGCUUCACUUACGAUGAAGUAUGCAGAUAAUAUUCUCAAGAAUUUCGCUGUAGCAAUUUCUUUGAUUGGAACCGUUUAUCUGAGCGCAAUCGUUGUUGGUAUAUCCGUUACCGCAUCGCAAGUGUUUGGAACAGCCCUCGUUAUCGCUGCAAUUGCUGGUUAUGCUCGUGCAUAAUCAUGUACAUAUGUAUAGUAUCACAUCAGAAUAAUACAAAAAAUUUGUCU